GUCCGACCGGGACCCUGCAGACUCACUGAGCUAGUUCCUGCAGCCGGCGCCAGUCCUGAUUGGCGCUCGCGGCCGGCCUGAGUCGCUCACCUGCCACUCCCAGCCAAUCCAGGCCACCAGAAUUGAGGCUGCCCGCACAGGAGGGGAGGAGGGGGGUGAUGCUGCGAGCCUGCGGCGGAGCUGCCCUCCCCGCGGAGUUCCCUCCCAGCCGGCGGCGCUCCGGAGAUUCGCCCCAGCGGCUGGCUAAGCUUCCCGCGCCCCUCCGCUCACCGCCCCGCUCGUCGGGAUUCGCGCCCGGACGGCGUCCCCUGCUGCCCGCACUGGCCGUGCCCACUGCUUCCCACGGCCCUCCCUAUCCCUUCCAAUCCCACGAAGGGAGUGGGUCCUGCCGGGGCAGAGUCUUCUAGACACGAUGUUCACCUCUAAGUCCAACUCCGUGUCGCCAUCGCCGUCCCUGGAGCAGGCCGACGCGGACGCGCUGGACAUCAGCACCAAAGUGCAGCUCUAUGGGGUUCUGUGGAAGCGGCCGUUCGGGAGAUCGUCGGCCAAGUGGUCCCGGCGGUUUUUCAUCAUCAAAGAAAGCUUUCUGCUUUACUACUCUGAGAGUGAGAGGAAGAGUUUUGAAACCAAUAAAUACUUCAACAUCCAUCCUAAGGGUGUCAUCCCACUGGGUGGCUGCCUGGUGGAGGCCAGAGAAGAGCCCAGUAUGCCCUAUGCCAUGAAGAUCUCACACCAGGACUUCCAUGGGAAUGUCCUGUUGGCUGCUGAGUCUGAGUUUGAGCAGACACAAUGGCUUGAGAUGCUUCAGGAGUCUGGGAAGGUGACCUGGAAAAAUGCCCAGCUAGGAGAAGCUAUGAUCAAAAGCCUAGAGGCACAGGGGCUACAGCUGGCUAAGGAAAAACAGGAAUAUUUAGACAAGCUGAUGGAGGAGACAGAAGAGCUGUGCCUUCAGAGGGAGCAGAGAGAGGAGCUUGAGCGCCUGAACCAGGUGCUGGAGGCUGAGAAGCAGCAGUUUGAGGAGGUGGUGCAAGAGCUGAAAGUGGAGCAGGAGCAGAUCAAGAGGGAGCUAGAACUCACGGCAAGAUGCCUCAAGGGUGUGGAGCAAGAGAAGAAGGAGCUGAGGCACCUCACAGAAUCCUUACAGCACACACUGGAGGAACUCUCCAUAGAGAAGAAGAAAACCCUAGAGAUGCUGGAGGAAGAUAAGAACCAGCCACAGCCCUUGACCAAUCAGAGUGAACAGCCACCAGCCACUGAUGGUCUCCAUAGCAACCUCAGGCAGAUCGAAGAGCGGAUGCAGGAGCUUUUGGCAGAGAAGCUUCUGGCUGAGAAGCGGAUGAAGGAGAAUGAGGAACGCUCACGGGCCCUGGAGGAGGAACGGGAGUUCUACUCAAGCCAGUCUCAAGCCCUGCAGAACUCGCUGCAGGAGCUGACUGCAGAGAAGCAGCAGGCUGAGCGGGAACUCAAGGCUGAAGUGAAAGUACGCAUGGACCUUGAGAGGCGGCUUCGGGAGGCAGAGGCGGCCUUGAGGAGCCUGGAACAAGGCCUCAAUUCCAAGGUUCGGAACAAGGAGAAGGAAGAGAGGAUGCGGGCUGAUGUGAGCCACCUGAAAAGGUUUUUUGAGGAGUGCAUCCGGAAUGCAGAGCUGGAGGCCAAGAUGCCAGUCAUCAUGAAGAACUCAGUGUACAUCCACAAGGCGGCCACUCGCCGUAUCAAGAGCUGCCGUUUCCAUCGACGACGGUCUAGUACUUCCUGGAAUGACAUGAAGCCAUCCCAGUCCUUCAUGACCUCCCAGCUAGAAGCCAACAACAUAGAGGAGCUGAAGGAGGUGGCCAAGCGGCUAAGCAGAGACCAGCGCUUCCGGGAAUCCAUCUAUCACAUCAUGGCUACCCAGCCUGGGGCCUCUGCACUUCCCCGGGGAGGAAAGUAAUGGGAACGCCUCCCCUACCUCCUGUCUUUCCUUGGUGGGGCAGCAGGGAGGUCUGAUUCCCCUUGGUCCUCUCCAGCAGAGCACUACUGGGAGAGGGGCACCCUCAUUCUCAAAGGAGGUAAUACCUCUCUGCCUCACCCGGAGCCCUGACCUUGGAGGUCAGAAGAGAGCGUUGGAAGAGAGCACUGGAUUCCCUGAAACUGGAGUCAUGGGUGGUUGUGAGCU